UUUCGAGCCAAAGUGGAUCUCCUUGCAUCGAUCGCCAUCAGCAGCUGAAUUUCCAGCAGGCAAAGAUGGCAUCAGCAAGUGCCAACGCCGGCAAUGUUCUUAUGGUGAGCAUUGUCCUUUUGGCGACAGUGUGUGCAUGCACUGCGGAGACUCCUUAUGCAGCUGGUUUGUCUGAGGACUUUUAUCAGAAAACUUGCCCUCAAGCAGCUUCGAUCGUCGAUGCCUAUGUCACCAAGUUCCUCAGGAAAGACAGAAACUUUGCGGGUGCUUUCAACAGGUUGCAGUUCCAUGAUUGCUGGGUCGGGGGCUGCGAUGGCUCAGUUCUUUUGAAUUCGACAGAAACGAACCAAGCGGAGCGGGAAGCUCAUGUCAACUUCGGGCUCAGAGGCGUUGCAGAGGUAGAUCAAAUCAAGGCAGCUCUGGAAUAUGCCUGCCCAGGAGUUGUAUCUUGCGCGGAUAUUCUCAUCAUGGCUGCUCGUGACGCCACAUCCAAGGUGGGAGGCCCCACAUGGCCCGUCGCUCUGGGUCGAAGAGAUGGAGUGCAGUCCACAGCCUUGAUGGCUGAUAGCAAUCUACCAUUCCCUGUUCUGAACUUCAGCGGGCUCGUUGCUAACUUUGCCGCCAAGGGGUUCAAUGCAAGAGAAAUGAUUACACUCUCAGGUGCACACACUAUUGGUCGUACCCAAUGCAACGGAAUUCUCCCACAUCUCUACAACUUCACGGGAAAGGAUGAUGCAACCGACACGAACCCUGCUAUGGAUAAGAACUUCGCUGUCUUUCUCAAGAAGCAUUGUCCUCAGGGUAACACCACCAACACAAUCUUCAUCGACUCCACAGCAAAUACCUUCGACCGUGCUUACUACAAAAAUGUGCUGCAGGGCAAGGGCAUCUUCAUCACAGAUGCCGCGCUCAUUACAAAUCCUGUAGGCAAGAAAAUCGUCACCAGGUUCUCUAAACCUGGCACGAGCUUCUUCACAGAAUUCGCCGCUGGCAUGGUGAAGAUGGGCAAUCUGGAAGUGCUCACAGGCGCUGAGGGACAGAUUCGCAGGACAUGUCAGUUCGUAAAUUAGGAGGCCAUUCUAGAGUUUCAACACGGUUAAGAGAAAUCGGAGUAGCAGCAGUCAGAAGACCGUGAAUACUCUCAGCAUUAUGGUCAGAUUCAUAGAAUAGCUACAUUCAAUUUUCAUCAUCAUUCACGCUUUAAUUUGCUGAAGCUCACAAUAAGCUCCAGUAGGAGAAGCAGGACGAUUUCACCCUGCGCUGGUUUUUGAGCUUCCUCCGUAUUGACUGAUACCACCCAAAGUAGGACCAGAAUGAACGACAUUGUCUAUAACUGGAACGAAAUGGUUGGAUCAAAAGAGCUUUCGGACUCAGGCUAGGGAGUCUCAAAUGUAAGUCUCUCACGAGACUGAGGCUGUUGAGAAGAAUAAACAGAUACGAGCGUCA